UCCUACAAGCAAAACUCUCACACUUAGGGAAGUGAGGAAGGCUUGGCCCGCGAAGUCGCCGAGUGACACUAGUCUUGCUAUUCGAAAUGAACCUUGAAUAGGGCUUACGGCCGGGUUUGGGCGUGUUGCGAGACCACAGACCGGAGGAUGGUAGGAAGGAUUGAGGCGCUGACGAAGGCGCUCACGACAUUGAAGAAGCAAGUUGGCCGCGUGAAGACAGAGGUGGAAAUUGAAGAGGAACGCGAUGGCUUCGCGGGAGUCUCCGCCAAGAAGGGCAAGACGACGGACGUGCUCAUCGGCGGGGCAAAGGAAAAGGUUUACGACAGUAUUACUGGAAGAGACAGCGGAGAAGCCUUGUGGCGGAGCAAGUCCGUGAAAGACAUUGGCUAUCAGGAGUUCCUGGCGGAGCGUGAGGCCGACGACGGCGAGGAUGACGACGACGGGGGCUUCGGGCGCCAGCGCAGUCAGGCGCCGGCAGCGGCAGCCGGCGGCCCCCGCCGCAACAACCGCCGCGCCUCCGUCACCGCUUACACAGUCAACCUUUCCGCCCUGGCUGCCUCGCCCUCGCCCUCUGGCGCGUCCUUCUCCAUGGGCCGCUCCCUGACCUGCGGCGGCGACGGGGACGAGGGAGCAGACGGCGCGGAGGUGGGCUGUAGCAGUGCCGGCGGCGCCGCCGACAGCAGGUGCUACAGCCCCGGUGGCGAGGGCGGCGCUGCCGGAUCGCGCGCCGCAUCCGGCGUACGGCCACAACUGAGCCCGCUCGGGCCGGGAAGCUACGGUCGUGCACGCACGUCGCUGGAUAUGCCAAUGCCGCUACCACUGGUGGCCAGCCAAGGCGGGUCGCGGCCGAGCGCACCUGGCGGCACCGCCAGCAGCGGCACCGGCACACCGACCGGCGGCACGGUGGCUUCACCCUCCGGCGGCGGCGGCGCCGCCAUGUCGGCAUCCAUGUACAAGCGCAUCAGCGCGGGCGCGGCCGGCAGCGCGAGUGGUGAUGCCUCGCCGGCGGCGGGGCUGCGACUGCCAUCGCUGCGGCCAAUGUCAGGGACGUUGUCGCUCAUAAGCGCGACGGGCGCAGCGGCGGCACGCACCGUGGCCGCGGUUGCCGCCGCCAGUGGCGCGGGCGUGGCCGGCCCCGCGAGCGGGCCGGCGGCUUACAUCCGAAACCUGGGCGCUGGGGCUUCACACACUGGCUGCGGCGGCGGUGGCAGUGGCAGCUACCUCAGGGUCAGCUUCGGCGACGGCGAUGGUCUGUCGUCUCCCAUGUCGCCUGGGGACACGCCGGCGCAUGGAGGCACAGCGAUGCGCUCCGGCGGCGCCAACGCCGGCGUUGGUGGCCGUUGCGUCACUGCUAAUGCCGCUGUCGCGGGCGGCGGCCUGGCGCCGCUGCGGACACGGGCAGGCAGCUGCGUCGGCGUGCCGUCAGUGGCAGUGGUGUCGCCGUCGGGUGGUGUCGGCGGCGGCGGCGUCAAGGUGUUCGCGCCACCGAGUGCGGAGGUCAAGUGCGUGUCGCCGCGGGCGAUGACGAACGGAGCUGUGAGUAAGGAGCCGCAUCCACCGCCCGGCGCUGCGGCGGCCGGUGUCUCCCGCCGUGCCUCUCUUGUGAUGCUCGCCGCGGCAAACGCAAGCGCCGCCGGUAUCGGCGCCGCCGCCAGUGUGGGCAGCGGAGCUGUUGGUGGCGGCCGCAGCCGCCGCGUCAGUUUCGCGGGCGCUGCCUCUACUAGCGGCCACAGCCACGCACACGUCAGCGGCGCCGCCAGCGCCAGCAGCGGGCACGCCUAUUUGGUGCAUGGCGGCGGCGGCGCCUUUUUGCGACAGGGUUUGGACGAGAGUGCGGAGCAGUCGGAGGCGAUCAACUUGGAGCUCAUGGAGGGUAGCGGGCGCUGGUUUGACGCCGGCGAUCUGUCGUACUGCGACGCGGAGGCCGAGGAGAUCAGCAACAUGCUGGCGGGCAUGUUGACACAACCGCCGGAAGCGGCGCCAGCGGCUGACGGCAGCGGCAGCUCUUGUCGCAGCAGCACCCAUCUGAGUGCUGCACAGCGCCUCAUAACGCCAGCGCCCGCUGGCCUCAGCCUCAGCCGCCGCGGCAGCAGCGGCACUUUUGGACCCAACGUUGGCGCCAACCGCGCAUCCGGCGGCGGCGGCACCACUAGCGGCAGCGCGGCUGGCGGCGGCGGUGACGGCAGCAACAGCAUCAGCGGACAGAGGACAGCGGCAGGCAGCGCCGCCUUGCUGCCGCGGUUACCCGGCCCGGCUAACUUGGUCGGCGGCGGCGGCGCCGCCGCCGCCGCCGCCGCAGCCACCGCGACAGAGGCGCCGGCGCCGCCGCCCGGUGGCGGCGCGUCAUCCUCAUCCGCCAUCCGUGCCGCCAUGCGAGCGCACAGCACUCGUUCCAGCACCCACGGCGCGCCGCCGCAGCCAGCAGCGGAGGAUGGCGGCGGUGGGCCAGAAGCCGCGGCCGCGCAGCGGCACGCAGCGGCGGCGGCCGCGGCGGCGGCCGCGGCGGCUGCAUCUCAGCGGCGCAGCAGCAGUCAGCAGCUGAUCCAGCAGGCGGCGGGGCGGCGGGCUUCGUCUGGUUUCGCAGCGGUGGUGCGGUAGGUUGUGGCAGGGGCUCGUGGAAGUUACAGCUAUGGUCGGCUUUGGGGCUUUGCUUAGGAACCGGGAGUCUGCCCCCUCGAGGCACGAGUGCCAGUUGCAACGAGUGCCGGUUGGAAAGUUCGUACACUGCUCAUGAGAUCCUUCAACGUUUCCGAAGCUUUUCAACACACUGUGCUAUGCACUUGAUAGCGCUGCAACUGCGUUGCCAUUCCUGUCAUUCAUCAAGGCCACUUUGCAUUGGAACAAGUUAGCUGCCUUUGGGGGGAGCAUGUGGAAGCGUGGAGGACUUGGGGGCCAUUUGUCGUGUGGCCACGCAGCCUGGUCGGCAGCCUGGUCGGCAAUCGCGUGCGUGGUAUGAUUGAUGGGAGCCUAACCAGUAUUCAUGAAUGCGCGUUUGGAACCUCCCGUCCCGUCAAGUCGGGCCAGGAUGACCAACAAUUCAGUCGUAUUGUGGUAUUGGCUCUGCUUGCUGACUCACAGCUGUGUAUGCAGAACUGUGAAAGGCGCAAGUUGAAGACACGCGCGGGGAUGCUUGAGUCUUGAGAUAUUUUUGAUGAGCCAUGGAUGGGCUGCACAAUUUCCAGUUAUUGAUGUGAGCAAGUGUAGAAGACCCUACUUGCUAACGUAACUCCUGAGCGCCUACAUCCAGAAGAGCGCCUACCUACCCAUACAUCCAAUCAAUUCUGGAAAGACUCGACUAUGUUGUGGCGAGUGACACAGCAGCUGUGACUUCACGCUUGCUGGCCACCUGCCGAGGACCAAGAGCUAAGCGUCUGAGUGGGUAGGAUGGCGAUAUGUGGGGUGCACAGUUAGCUGCACGGAUAACGGUCCAGGAGUUAAGAGAAACGAGGGUGCGGCUGCGGGAUGAACCACUGUGGUUGUGACGGCCUGACGUGUGCGGAUGGCCGCCGAGGCUUGGGCCGCUGUAGAACCGUGUACGGCAUUUCGUGAUGUGGUGUUGAGUGUUAAGACUGUGGUGUGUUAUUACUGAUGUCUCAAGAUAGAGGCAAUGACUGUCCGCACACAGUCGGGUUACACUGAUGGUUGGCGAGUGUUAAUGGCGUGGGGGGCGUGUGGGCAAAGGCAGCGCUCAGCGCUGCCGUGCUGAACUGCAGUGCUCGUAUCUUCCAUCUACGCGUAGAAAUUUGCCCAUUAUGUUUUUGGAAUUUUGGGCCGCGUUUCUAUGAAGUUUAGACGUUUCGGCGCAGGUUUGGCCGUAUCUGAAGACGUUUUGAUUGGGGGUUUGGGGGCUGUCGGACCUCAUUGGGGUGACCGUGGAGGCGGCUCGUCGUAGGCAACCGUUUCGCGGUUGCGGUGCUACUAGGGUGUUGCGGUGCUUGCUCCUUGACUGCAUGCUUGGUAGUACGGCACCGAUUAUUGAUUGCGUGUUACAUGUCACACCCAUGAGAAGAUAGCUGCAUUCCCUGGUGCUGGCCUGCGGGGUCGGGUUAGUCGUCCCUUGUUGUAACGUCGCAUGCAU